AACAUAAAUACCACAACAAAAAUCAAUCAAUUUGGUUAAUUCUGAAAAACAGUGUUUCUGGGUUUCCAUUCUUUUAACUCUCCAACACAUCGGAGGGAAUCUGUUGUUCUCUCCAGAAUUUACGUACAUAGUAAGUUCUCAAGGGCAGACAAUUUCAGAAAUUUAAUACUUUCGGGUAGACCCAACACAACACAAACCUUUACCAAAUUGUCCCAUAAAUAGACUCUUAUUCUCCCUCUCUUACAAACAACCUCUUUAUCCCUCACUGGCAUCACAGACAGUUCAAUUUUGUUGAGACCAGGUGAAAAAUGAUGAAACUCCACAUCAUAUGGUUCUUUUCCCUUCAAAUUUUGUUGCAUGUUUCAUCCUCAAGCAGUGGAAAAGUCCCGGCUAUAAUAGUUUUUGGAGACUCAUCUGUUGAUUCUGGUAACAACAAUUUCAUUCCAACAAUAGCAAGAAGCAAUUUUGAGCCAUAUGGUAGAGAUUUUCCGAAUGGAAAUCCAACCGGUAGAUUCUCAAAUGGAAGACUUGCUCCUGAUUUCAUCUCUGAGGCGUUUGGAAUUAAGCCUAUUGUUCCGGCUUAUUUGGAUCCUUCUUAUGAUAUUUCGGAUUUUGCGUCCGGCGUUUGUUUUGCUUCUGCUGGUACUGGAUUUGAUAACGUUACUGCAAGUGUUGCUGAUGUGAUACCUUUAUGGAAAGAAGUUGAGUACUACAAAGAGUAUCAAACCAAAUUAAGAGCAAAAUUUGGUAACAACAAAGCUAAUGAAAUAAUAAGCGAGUCUUUGUAUUUGAUUAGCAUAGGAACAAAUGAUUUUCUUGAGAAUUAUUACCAACGUCUUGAAAGGAGGAUGCAAUUUAGUGUCCAAGAAUAUGAGGAUUUUUUAAUUGGACUUGCUGAAAAUUUUCUUAAGGAAAUUUAUUACCUUGGAGCAAGGAAAAUUUCUAUGACAGGGUUAAUUCCUAUGGGGUGUCUGCCACUAGAGAGAGCCAUAAAUAUUUUGGGCCAUCAUGGUUGUAAGGAUUUGUACAAUGAUGUUGCUUUGGAAUUUAAUGCAAAAUUGGAACUGUUAGUGGAAAAGUUGAACAUGGAGCUCAAUGGAUUUCAAUUAGUAUUAACAAAUGCGUAUGAUUUGGUCAUGCAAAUUGUUACAGAACCUUCUCAAUUUGGUUUUGAAGAUGCAACGGUGGGAUGCUGUGGAACAGGUAGAUUUGAGAUGGGUUUCAUGUGUGAUCCAAAAAGUCCAUUUACAUGCAAAGAUGCAAAUAAAUAUGUAUUUUGGGAUGCUUUUCACCCUUCAGAAAGAACAAGUCAGAUAGUAUCAAAAUAUUUGAUGGAAAAAUAUCUUGGCAAGUUUCUUUGAUUCAAGACAAGAUCAACAGAUCCUUUCAACUAUGUGGGGAACUUAGAUUUUAUCCAUAGUGGGAAAAUUUACACAUUUGUAAAUGUGAUUAUAAUAUUUCUUAUAAGCAAAGUUUAUUGAAGUGAGUAUAAGGAUAUUCAAAAUCCAUUACAAAACUUUUAUUAUCAAAUGAGUUUUUAGAAUCAA